AUGUCGUUCACCUCAGUGUCUCUGCUGUUUUUUGUCGAUGUCUUCCAAAGGUCUCGUUCAGUUAGCGGAGCGUCCACAGGUCUGUCCUCCAGUCCUUUCAGCAGUCCCAGGAGCCCGGUCUUCACUUUCAGCCAAUCAGAGGUCACCUCCGCUUCCUCCUCCAAAGACCCCAAACCAGGAAGCGGCACCACCUCUCGGCCCACCCGCCCGGCUCCCGACCCCAAAACACAGACCCUGCCCUCCAAGGGCCCCACGGAGCGUCCCCAGCUCCACUCCAUGAAGUCCCUCCCCCUCCAGACUCCUCGCUCUCCCUCCCCGUCCCCGUCCCCGCUCCUCUCCCCCAUCCCACGCUUCUUCAACUUCCCGUCUCCAUCCGUCUUCAAGUCCAAGAACGUCCACUCGUCCUCUAACUCCUCCUCCUCCACUCCCCCUCCUGUGUCGCAGGUCACGCCGCAGGGCUCGCCGCUGCCCACCCCGCUGGGCACGCCCGUGCACCAAAUCCAGCACCCUUCCUCCACCACCCCUCCCUCCUCUUCUUCCUCGUCUUCUUCCUCCAGAGCGGACGGAGCGGGCGGGGCCUCGCUGUCGCUGACGCCGCCCUCCAGCCCGGGCGGCAGCGGCGGUCUGGCCGCCUCCAGCUCCGCCCACUGGAGGACGAGGCUCAACUCGUUCAAGAACAACCUCCUGGGCUCGCCGCGCUUCCACCGCCGCAAACUGCAAG